AACUCUAGUCAGCAGCAGGGACCAAGACCAACAGGGGCUCCAGAGGAAAUUCUCCGCGGAGCCCCUCUAAAGGAAGUGAAGGUCAGGGAAGUUGAAGACAGGCCACUAAGAAGCGAAGCUAGCUAUGUAAGCCCUCGUCACUGUUCCUUAGGUCCUAUUUAUACUCCUCCAAAUAUCACGUGUCCUCACACAAGUCCUGCCUCACCAUGUGAGUAUGUAUCAGCUGGCAUCACUCGGCCAAUCGACCUGAGUCCUUCUGAAGUGGAAAGAAGCCACCAGAACCUCACAAGUUCUUUGCCUCUGGGUGUGAAUUCUGGAACAAUGUGGACCUUGGCACUGUGGGUAUUCCCUCUCCUCUGCAAAUUCAGCCUGGCAGUUCUGCCAACUAAGCCAGAGAACAUUUCCUGCAUCUUUUACUUUGAGAAAAAUCUGACUUGUACUUGGAGACCAGAGAAGGAAACCAAUGAUACCAGCUACACUGUGAAGAUUACUUACGCCUACGGGAAACACAAUUAUACUGUUAAUGCUACAGAGGCAUCGUAUUCUUUCCCCUCUUCCUGUGCAAUACCCCCAGACACCUGCAGUGUUGAAGUAGAAGCUCAAAACAGAGAUGGUAAAGUUAAAUCUGACAUCACACAAUGGGAUUUAACCUCCAUAGCGAAAACCGAACCACCUAUAAUUUUAAAUGUGAAUCCAAUUUUGAAUAAAAUGUUCCAGAUACAAUGGAAACCCCGUGAAAAGAUUCGUGUGUUUUCUUUAACAUGCAUGCUUCGGUUCAGGACUGUCAACAGUAGCCACUGGACGGAAGUCAAUUUCGAGGAUUGUGAGCGGGUCUGCAACCUCACAGGGCUUCAGGCUUUCACAGAAUAUGUCCUGGCUCUACGAUUCAGGCUCAGUGACUCAAGAUAUUGGAGCAAGUGGAGCAAAGAAGAAACCGGAAUAACUAUGGAGGAAGUUCCACAUGUCCUGGACCUGUGGAGAAUUCUGGAACCAGCAGAUGUAAAUGGAGACAGGAAAGUGCUAUUGCUGUGGAAGAAGGCAAGAGGAGCCCCAGUCUUGGAGAAAACAUUUGGCUACAACAUACGGUACUUUGCAGAGAACAGCACUAACCUCACAGAGAUAAACAACAUCACUCUCCAGCAGUAUGAACUGCUUCUGAUGAACCAGACACACUUUGUGUCCGUGACUUCUUUUAAUUCUCUUGGCAAGUCCCAAGAGGCCGUCCUGAGGAUCCCAGAUGUCCGUGAGGAGACCUUCCAGUGCAUCAAGAGCAUGCAGGCCCACAUAGCUGAGCCCCUGCUGGUGGUGACCUGGCAGAGCUCCAUUGCCGAGGUGGACACUUGGAUAGUGGAAUGGCUCCCAGAAACUGAGGAGUCGAAGUUCCCUGCCCUUUCCUGGGAAUCUGUAUCUCAGGACACCAGCUGGACCAUCGAGCAAGAUAAAUUAAAACCUUUCACAUGCUAUAAUAUAUCAGUGUAUCCAGUGUUGGAACACCAAGUCGGAGAGCCAUAUUCAAUCCAAGCUUAUGCCAAAGAAAAAGCACCAUUAGAAGGUCCUGAGACCAGGGUGGAGAACAUCGGUCUGAAGACAGCCAUGAUCACAUGGAAGGAGAUUCCCAAGAGUGCUAGAAAUGGAUUUAUCAGCAAUUACACUAUAUUUUACCAAGCUGAAGGUGGAAAAGAACUCUCCAAGACUGUUAACUCCCGUGCCCUGCAGUGUGACCUGGAGUCUCUGACACGAAGGACCUCUUAUUCUGUUUGGGUCAUGGCCAGUACCAGAGCUGGAGGUACCAACGGAAUGAGAAUAAACUUCAAGACAUUGUCAAUCAGUGUGUUUGAAAUUGUCCUUCUAACAUCUCUAGUUGGAGGAGGCCUUCUUCUACUUAGCAUCAAAACAGUGAUUUUUGGCCUCAGAAAGCCAAACCGGUUGACUCGUCUGUGUUGUCCUGACGUUCCCAACCCUGCUGAAAGCAGUUUAGCCACAUGGCUCAGAGAUGACUUCAAGAAGUCAAAUAUGAAGGAGACUGAAAACUCUGGGAACACAGAAGACAGGGUCCUAAAACCAUGUCCUGUCCCCGCAGACCUCACUGACAAGCUGGUAGUGAACUUUGAGAAUUUUCUGGAAGUAGUUUCGACAGCGGAGUCUGGAAAGGGUCAGGAGAGCAUUUUGGGAGGAGAAGCGAAUGAGUAUGUGACCUCCCCGUCUAGGCCUUUCUGUCCCCCAGGAAAAUGUUUUAAGGAGCCCUCAGUUUUAACCGAGGUUGCUUCUGAAGACUCCUAUAGCCAGUGUUCGGGAAUGGCAGAGGAAGCAUACUCAGAAUUUGACAGGCAACCUUCGUCUUCCUUUCAGAGACCAGGACUAGAGCCGCCUUGUGAAGAGCAAGCUCAGAAUCCAUAUUUGAAAAACUCAGUGACGACCAGGGAAUUUCUUGUGCAUGAAAAUAUUCCAGAGCACAGCCAGGGAGAAAUCUAAGUGCUGGUAUGGCAUGAAAUCCCCAGAGACUGAAUGGAUCUCAUCCUUAGCGAAGACACCGAGACUUCCGGAAACCUCUGUUGACCCCUCCCUGUUCAGUUGGCUGCUGAGCUGCCUGGAAAUUGGUGCCGCAGAUGUCGACUUAUGCGGGGAAGAAUGGGAUGUUUUACAGGGAAAGGAAGUUGCUUUCUUCUGUGUGCUCUCACAGAGGCCCCUUGAAAUGAUGGCCGCAAGAGAAGGGCCAAGCUUCGGAGCUUAAAGGGUGCCACCCCACCCCACCCCCAGACGGACAUGUCAGAUCUUAUCCCCAGGAACCAAGUUGUCCUGGCCAUUGCUGAAACUACCCUCAGGGGGUCCAGGACAGCUGUUUUGUUGGCACUUGACUUUGGCAGGAACCUGAUCUCUACUCUUCCUCUCCCUGUCUCUGAAUGCUUUCUCUCCUUCAUUCGGAGGAGUAGAGUGGAUUCCUAACUGUAUGUCCGGCUCCUCGGUCCUUGCUUGGUCUCAGAGUCUUCAACAAUGCCUCUUCUGGGACUCUUCAUCACCAACUUACAUUUAUUUUUGCAACGCUGGGGAUUGAACCCAGGGACUUGUUUAUGCUAGGCAAGUGUUCCCAUCCUACUCACCCCAACUUUUUUAUACAUUGACUGGUGGUAAGUCAAGAAAUUCCCGAAACCUCCAGUAAGACACUGGUAUGGACUGUGGGCUAGGGAACAGGUCAGCCUGCUUUGUAGGCCAUUUCCUCUGUCUUGUGCUAUACCUGGUAGGAGAAAACACCAAACAAGGUGUUCAGUGGCUUUUGUUCAGAGGCACUGACCCUCACACUGGCUUGGAGCCCAGGAGUGCUUAACCGUGCAGACCCUAGAAGGGCCUCUUCCCCGCCACUCUGAGCAAGGCCUGGUAAGAUGCUGCACUUAGCAACGUCCUUGCUCCCUUCUGAGGACGUCUACCCCUUUGCUACAGCCAAGCACAGAUCUUGGGACAAGAAGGAACCUUUGGCCAGAAGUGCCAAUUGCAGGAUUUAUUUGCUUAGGCUUGGGGAACUGUGUGGCUGCACACAGGGGGGCCACCCUCUGGUCCCUUUGUCUUGCUCUCAAGCCCUGGAAGUGACUUUAAAAAACCAAACCAAAGAAAACAAAACACCUGGGUAACUUGAUCCCAGAGCCUACUGCUCCUCUGAGCUCUCCCAGGAAUCUCUAACUGGGGAGGCUCUGGCCCAGCUUUCUGUCUUGACCUGGGGCGAGGCAUCCAAGGACAUUCUCACACCUGGGGGAGUCUCAGAUCCCAGGGAGGUUAGAGGAGCUGGCAGAGCCUCAAAAGACAUGGUGAGGCUUUGGAAUCUAAAGUCCUUGAACAGUGUGGGCAGGGAGAGAACACACACACACACACAC